GGACGGAAUGCAUCUCCCACCAGCGUCUCCGCCUUCAAGGCCUCUUGAGAAGUUUGAAGAAGUGGCAAGGGCUGCUCUUCUUCCCCACGCAACACCUUCAUAUUCGUUUGUGCGGGAAAGAAACAGUUCCAGAGGAGGAGGCCAUGACGUGUUUCUCCAGGCGCCGUGCAGACCUUGGUGGAAACCACGGAUUUUUUUCCCCGCCCUGUCCCGCCCCCACAGCCCCGAGGAAGAGGGCGAAGAAAGAAGCCUGCCACACGCCCCAAAAGGGCUGCGGGAUGGCGCCCGGGGUGGCCAGGGUGAUCCGCACCGACGCCAGCACCAGCCGGGCCGCCUCUUCCCCGACAGACGCCGGGCUCGUCGACCGAGGCUACGCGGGGUCCUGCCCAGCCAUGUUGAAGGCGGCCCAGAUGUUAUUUCUACUGAUAGGAUUCAUCUGCAUCAGAUCUUCCUGGUGGACAGAUCACAGCACAUAUAGCUUCUUUGAAAUUGUCUCCAUCUGUGACUUGGUUAUGAUUCUCACCUUCUACAUUGUCUACAUCUUCAGAAUCUAUCGGACAAUGACCUGCAUCAACUGGCCGCUGGCAGAAUUUCUCCAUUACCUAAUAGGUACUAUCCUGCUUCUCAUUGCAUCUAUUGUGGCAGCAGCAAAAAGUUCCAACUCAGCAGGACUUGCAGCUGGAGCGGCCUUUGGCUUUUUAGCAUCAUUCCUUUGCAUCUUGAGCAUAUGGUUAUCCUACAAAGUCUCGUGCGUCACUCAGUCAACAGUGGUCUCAGGAGGCCUCUACAAUUCUAAUUCAAGGAGGCAUACCAGAAUUAACCUGUAUAGUGUGUGCUUAGAAAUAUAUUUCUGCUUGUGGCAAGUAGAAAAUUCACUCAAAAUACGUAAGUGGCAAUGUACUGUAAUUACCUCACUCUCUAUAACAACAGUAACAAGUUUCUUAAUUAUUUGGAUUAGCUCCAGUUCAAAUUACCGUAACCCUCAAUGGUGGCAAACAUAUUUACACUGAAGGCAGUUUUAGAGUUUUUCUUCCUGCUUGCUCUAGAAUUGGCGAGAAUAAAUUGGCGACACAGACAAAACAGUUUGGCUGAUGGCAAAAGCUCUAUCUUGCUGUUUUAUUUAAAAUAUUUUUGUGUGUUUACAUCUCAUUCUCUACCAAGCUCGUGUUGGUAGAGUUAAAAUUGACAGCGAGGGGCACAUAGACAUUCCCACAUUAUAUUCUUGUAAUCUCCAGUUUUAAAAUGAAGCAAGUGAUGGGCAGACUUUUGAUCAAAGACCCUGUAGGCCAAUCAGAGCAAAAAAAUCUUGGAGUAGAUAAAAAGAAACACCUUUUGACCUGCCAUAAAAUGGUUUUUGAUUAUUUAUUCAAACAAUGAAUGAGGUGAGUAGUUAAGUACAAUAUUAUAAGAGAUUUUCUGUCUUCCUUAAAAUGAACAUUUAACCUUUGCACUGACAAAUGCCAUUUUUAAUGGUAAGUGAAGAACAGUGGAGAAGAAAUAGCUUAGCAUUUUCGAAUGUGCUCCAACAUUUAAUCUCUUACAGAGAAGAAUGAAGUUGGUAGCACAGCCAUUUGCUUAACUCAAAUGGCAAAUAAAUCUGUGACCUGGUUCUAAUAGGCAGCACAUAAUUCAUAUGUGGAAUGAUAACAUGCCAGUCUCCUUCCACCAAAUGCAUAAUAAGAAAUCCUAAUAUUUCACAUUUCAGUCACUCAGUUUAUAUGUCUAUUAUGUAUCAUGUUGGGGAGGCUUUCAUGCAUGGAUCUAUAUUGUAAGCCCAUAAGAAUCUACAACCAAUGACAAUAAUUUUAAAAAGCACGAUUCAAAGCCAGUUGCAGCAUAGCUUCAGGAUAGAUUCAGCUUCAGAUCCCAGUUCAGCUGUGAUACUCACUUGCAUCUGCCAACAUCUUUCAGUUUCUCCUGUCCCAUAGGGUUUCUGGGAGUAUAAAUGAUGGGAGAGAAGCAUACUGUAUAUGUUCUUUGAAGAAAUAAAUGAAAGACACUACAUAGAAUAAGAAAUAGGAAUGUCAUAUUUCCUGCCUGGUGAAGUAGAGUAAGAAUAUAAAAAGAAAAAAAAACCCAUUUGCUACAGAAUUGGUACCAGAGAUCACUGAAAUUGGGGUGCACAAUAGAGAGAGAAGCAGAGCAGAUACAUCUGAAAAUUUGAAUAGCAGAUGGCUUAUGUCAAACACUCAGUUUGUUUUUGUUCAGCUAAUUUGCUUAGAAAAAAUCCACAUUUUCCUGGAUGUGAUGUACCAUAUAAUCUUUAAUCACCUAGUAAUAAUCACUGUCAUUACCUCCUUUUUUAGGACCCCAGAGGAACCGUAAUAUAUAGAGAAACAAACACCUUCUGCACUCUGAUCUGUAAGAAUAAUACCCAUAAGUGGGUUUUUGCUACCAAAUUAGUAACAGCUGAAAUAAGACAAAUGUUGAACAGCAUGCUUUCUACAAUUUUUAAUAAAAACAAUUACAAAA